CUUUAUUAUCAGUUCAUGAUAGUAAACACCCUUUAUCACACGGUCCAUGCAGUUUUGCCUGUGAUAUACAGAGUGAGGAUCCAUAUUAAUUUUCACUUCAAAGAUAUGAGUAGUGUUGACCCUGAGGAACAAGAGGUCAUUUCCUGUGACCUUUGCUCUCAUCCUUCACUCCAGCAUUUCUGUAAUGACUGUCAGACAUCUUUAUGUACUGACUGUGUCAGUGAACAUGUGGAGAAACUCAAGGCCCAAACUCAUGAUAUUGUUCCCUUCAAGGACAGAAAACACGAAGUUAUUUUUACUCCCUGUCCUUCACACCAAGGUCAAAGGUGUGAGGCCCAUUGUAAACAGUGUGAUGUCAACGUCUGCAUCAAAUGCAUUCUGGGUAAUCACACAUCCCACCCAGUGUUGGAAAUGGCAGAGGCUAUUGAGAAAAAGAAAGCUGAAAUUGAACAAGAGACGCAUGAGAUACAAUCAGUCAUUAUCCCUAAAUUUAGAGAGGAGAAGGAGAAGAGCAAGAGCAAUAUUCUGGAGUCAGAAGCAAGGUGUGCUGAACUGAGAAAAGAAGUCGAAGUUCACAGAAAACUCUGGCACCAAGAGGUAGAUGAAGUUUUUGACAAAAUGUUAUCAAAAAUAAAAUUCAUGACUGACAAACAUAUAACAGCAUUGAAAAUCCACCAAUCCAAGCUAAGAAGUAUGCUUCCAAAUAUGUUCCAAACGAUCGAAAAGAACCAAGAGAUUCUGAAGAACUAUAGUGCCUCUGCUCUAACAGAUCAUAAAUCUCGAUUACACGAAUUCCAGGAAAUCCCUCCAAUCAUUGAUAUCACAAUUCACGAACUGAAUACCAUAACAAACAAAGGGACAGAACUCAGUAUAGAGUUGGGGGACUUCAAGGCUUCACUGACCCAGAUAACACAUACAAGUCAAACUGACGAUGUCUCGACAGGUGCCCUCAAAGCAUUGUCAGAGAAAGCUACAGUGGUUGCCAGUAUUCCAACUAAGAUGAAGAACUUGAGAGGUCUGGAGUGUGUUGGAGCAGACGAGGCCUGGGUUAGUGGUGAAGACAAAGCGGUGCGGUGUUUUGACGUUCACGGAUCAGAGCGGGAUGCAGCCACCACAACCUGUCCCAUCGCUCCAAAUGACAUCGCAGUGAACGAACAUGGUGAACUUCUUUACUGUGAUGGUCAUAAUAAAACUGUGAAUAUUGUUAAUAAACAUUGGAAGACAGAAACCCUGUUCACAACACCAGAGGGUUGGCAUCCUGAUGGUCUGUGUUGUACAAGGUCUGGGGACAUCCUUGUCAGUCUAGGAACCACUGACUUUCAAAGUCGCAAAAUUGCCCGCUAUGAAGGAUCUAAACUUAAGCAAGAAAUUAAUAAAGAUGAACAUGGAAGCCCAAUCUUCAAAGGAGGAGAAUAUGCUCUUUAUGUAGAGGAGAACAACAAUGGUGACAUAUGUGCCUCUGAUCAAAAUUCAGACAACCUGGUUGUAAUGGACAAUUCAGGGAAAAUCCGAUUCCGAUAUGAUGGCAAACAAAUUAGGAAGGACUUCCAUUUCAGUCCUAGACAGAUAGCCACCGAUUCCCUGGGUCAGAUCAUCGUGGCCGAUGCACGCAACAAUAGUCUCCACAUCCUCGACCAGAACGGACAGAUGCUGCGAUACGUAGAGGACAGUUUACUGGAGAAACCAAUAGGACUAAGUGUGGACACCCAGGGGAGGCUGUGGGUGGGGCUUCUGUCAGGGGAUGUCAAGGUCAUUCAGUAUAUCAAAUGAAAUUAUGAAAUCAGUAUUAUAUUAAAUGAAAUAUAGAAUGAAACAUUUGUCCAGGAUAUCAAGAUCAUUCAGUUUAUAAAAUAUAAGGUGGGCCUACUGCCAGGAGAUGUCAAGGUCAUUCAGUACAUUAAAUAAAAUAAAGAGUGAGGCUUCUAUCAGGGGAUGUCAAGGUCAUUCAGUACAUUAAAUCAAAUUUAAAGUGGGGCUUCUGUCAGGGAAUGUCAAGGUCAUUCAGUAUAUUAAAUUAAAGAAAGUAUAGAGUGGGGAUUCUGUCAAGGAAUAUUAAUGUCAAAGUCAUUCAGUAUAUUAAAUAAAAUAUAGAGUGGGGCUUCUAUCAGGGGAUGUCAAGGUCAUUCGGUCUAUUAAAUAAAAUAUAGAUCUAGAGUGGGGCUUCUGUCAAGGAAUAUUAAAGUCAAGGUCAUUCAGUAUAUUAAAUAAAAUAAAGAGUGGGACUUCUGUUAGAGAAUGUCAAGGUCAUUCAGUAUUAUUAAAUCAAAUAAUGAGUGGGGCUUCUGUUUAGGGAUGUCAAGGUCAUUCAGUAUAUUAAAUAUAAAGUAGGGCUUCUGUAAGGGGAUUUCAAGGUCAUUCAGUACAUAGAAUGAAAUAUAGUGAAAUAUAGUUAGUCUUCUAUCAGGGGAUACAAAGGUCAUUCAGUAAAUAAAUUGGUAUGACAGUUAUUUUCUACUCUUCAGUCUCAAUUGGGAUGGGUCUUGUUUAUGUCAAGCCUUUCUAAUUUAAACAGAAGAGAAGGCACUUGCCUGAGAAAUAGAUGAUUUACCAGUAUUAAUCAAGAUAUCAUAUUGCCAAAUACUCUGAAAUUGUUGUCUAGUCUUUUUUGUUUAUUCAGCUUGUGCAAUGUUGUUACUUUACUAGUAUUUAAUGUCAUUGAAUAUAUUUGAUAUUUGUUGAUAAUCUUUUUCUUUGUUUGUGCAUUCCCAUUUUGUUGCAUUAAAAAUAAG